AUGGACAACACGACCGGCAAGAGGAAGCGCGCGGAGAAGGCGAGCGACGAGGAGGCAGAGGCCGACGUGCAAGAGCAGGAAAUGGCAACCAAGAGAGGGAAGACGGAGGAGCAGAGGGAAGAGGACCGGGAGCUGCAGCGCGAGGAGGAAGCCAAGGAAGCCGAGGAGGACUCGAUUCCACGCGUGGCCUCGUCAUCGACUUCGUCGUCGUCCGACAGCGAUGGCGCCGACGCGAACCAGCGCUGGCUGCUCGACGUGCUCGAGGACGAGCACCUCAAGUCGCUGGCCGCCAAGACGGUGAGCGACAAGCACGCCACGCUCAAGGAGUACGAGGCCACCUUCGCCCGCAUCUCCAACCGGCUGCUGAACGAGGUCGCCCUCGUCAUCAACGGCCAGCCGCACCGACUGGCUGAGAUCGAGUACUACUACGAGGGCGGCAACCACCAUGACACCUUCACGCACUGUGACCCGCUCCAGCAGACCACGGCCAACUGGUACUUCCACAAGUCCGGAGCGACCUACAAGGGCGGCUCGUACAAGGGGCUCGACAUCACCUUUGGCGGCCAGGUGGGAGCGGAUGGCAAGCGGGCGUUCGGCGGGAUCCUCAUCCGAGCCAUCGAGCCCCUCGCCGGCGCGGCUGCUGCUGAGAACGAAAACGAAGACGAUGACGACGACGAGGCGGAGGAAAAGAAAGGCCCCAAGAAGGGCAAGGCCAAGGCCAAGCCCAAGGCUGCGGCCAAGAAGGGCAAGGCCGCCGCGAGCGGCAGCGUGGACUUCAUCGAGGGGCCGUCGCUGGUGGUGGACCGCGUGCUGAACGUGUGCGGGGCCGACUCGAUCAUCAAGUUCGUGGCGAGCAACUUCCCCGAGCACGCGGACUCGCCGCCCGCGCACUACGUCGCCGGCCGCCAGCUGUACCUGGCGCCCAUCUCCGCCGUAGCCUCCUCGCCCUCGGUCAAAUACGAAACGGUCGCUAUGCCCAACCGCGCGGUUCGCGCAUCACCGCGUGUUGGUCUCACCCUGAAGAAGGUGAGGGAAGACGCCGAGACCUUCAUCAUGAAGGCCUACCGCUACUUCAUCUACCCCGAGCUCAUGAAGAAAGGCAAGGUGUACAUGAUCUGCGCGCUGUACUUUGAUGCGGGCAUGGACGUGGCGGAGGUCCAGCGGGUGUCGCAGACGGGCAAGGCCACCAUCGAGAACUACGUGCGUGACUUCGAGUCAGGCAAGAGCAAGAAGGGCGACGUCUCCUCCUUCCGCAACCUCAACCUCAACACCGCCCAGCUGUGCCAGCUCUACGGCGCCGUCUCCACCCUCGUAUAA